AUGAGUGCGAAGGAAUACGCUCGACUCGUUCCUCGGGCACACCGGGCAAGAAGAACUCCGGUAAUCGACCGGCCAAUGAGGCCGAGAAUGAUAGCAUGGGCUGGACCGGCAGCUUUUUAUCCAAACAGGUUCUAUGAGAUCGAUAAAUGGUACAAGGGCCGAAUCGACAAGCCAGAACAAGUCCCAAAGCUGCAUAUCAUUGAUCCUACCAACCAUUUACAUUCGCUUUCGGAACUACAGGAGAGACUAAAGCCGAAGCCUACUCCAAUCGACAUUGGCUUUGCACCACGGCCAAAGCGGGUUUCAGUUGUUAAAACAGAUGAAGAGCGUGCAGUUUUGGAACGGAAGGCUAGAAAAAUGCAGUUGUUGGUGGAUCCUGAAACAACUGAGUUCUCAAGUUUUACGGUUUUACAACAUUAUGGGAUUUUUGAGCAUUUGUUUGGAGCAGGUACAUUCUUUUCCAAUGUGCAAAACCUCGACGUUGCGUAUGGAGAUAAUGCUGUGUUCUUUGGGAAUACUAUAUCGGCUGACCUUUUGUCAGCGAUGCCUGAGGUUCAAAAUAUGAAUCUCUCAAGCCCUGGUGAGUACAACACCUUGUUUAUGGUCAAUCUUGAUGGCAAUCCUUAUGAGAAAGAGGGAGAAGUCGCUCACUGGAUUGUUUCCAACAUACCAGAUGGGAAAAGCGUCAAGGAUGGGGAGGAGGUGGUACGGUAUCUUCAGGGCGCGGGCUCAUUUUGCGGCUCAGGUUAUCACUUCGGAGAGUCACGCUUUCGUCUUGUUUCGGCAUGA